AGAGCAUCCCCCAGCACAGGAGACACAGCAUCCCCCAGCACAGGAGACAGAGCAUCCCCCAGCACAGGAGACACAGCAUCCCCCAGCGCAGGAGACAGAGCAUCCCCCAGCACAGGAGACACAGCAUCCCCUAGAACAGGCAACAGAGCAUCCCCUAGAACAGGAGACAGAGCAUCCCCCCAGUGCAGGCGACAGAGCAUCCCCCAGCACAGGAGACACAGCAUCCCCCAGCACAGGAGACACAGCAUCCCCCAGCACAGGAGACACAGCAUCCCCUAGAACAGGAGACAGAGCAUCCCCCAGCACAGGAGACACAGCAUCCCCCAGCACAGGAGACACAGCAUCCCCCAGCACAGGAGACACAGCAUCCCCUAGAACAGGAGACACAGCAUCCCCUAGAACAGGAGACAGAGCAUCCCCCAGCACAGGAGACACAGCAUCCCCCAGCACAGGAGACACAGCAUCCCCCAGCACAGGAGACACAGCAUCCCCCAGCACAGGAGACAGAGCAUCCCCCAGCACAGGAGACACAGCAUCCCCCAGCACAGGAGACACAGCAUCCCCUAGAACAGGAGACACAGCAUCCCCCAGCACAGCAGCUCCCCCCGGAGCGCAGCUCCAAGGAGUGAGCAGCAGGAGAGAUGUUUUAUUCGGGGAUCCUGACAGAGCCGAGUAGGAAAGAAGUGGAGAUAAGGGAAGCGGCGUCUCUCCGCCAGCAGAGGAGGAUGAAGCAGGCGGUUCAGUUUAUUCACAAGGAUUCUGCAGAUCUGCUCCCUCUGGACGGGCUGAAGAAGCUGGGGACGUCGAAGGAUACUCAGCCACAUAACAUCCUGCAGAAGCGCCUGAUGGAGACAAAUUUAUCCAAGUUCCGAGGCAGCCGAGGCAGCCGGGCUCCGAAGGGCGAUCUCUCAUCACAGACCAACAGGCUGAACCAAACCAAACUGGGCAGCUCGGGGAAAACAGAGGAUGAAGAGCUCAUAGUGGUGAGCUGCCAGUGUGCGGGGAAGGAGCUGAAGGCCGUGGUGGACACCGGCUCGCAGCACAACCUCAUGUCCUCCUCCUGCCUGGACAGGCUAGGGUUAAAGGAGCAUCUCAAAGCACUCCCUGUCGAAGAGGAGAUGGUUUCAUUGCCAAACAAGGUGAAAGCCAUCGGGCAGAUCGAGUGUCUGUCCCUCACGGUGGGAGCGGUCCCCGUGGAGUGUGCUGCCCUCGUCGUGGAAGACAACAACCAACCCUUUUCCUUUGGGCUGCAGACACUGAAGUCUCUGAAGUGUGUCAUAAACAUGGAGAAGCAGCACCUCGUUCUGGGGCAGAUGGACAGGGAAGAAAUCCCGUUUGUGGGCGUUGACAGUGCUGAGGCAGGAGAGCAUUUCAGCAGUUUGGAGGCAUAAAGAGAAAUUGAAACACCACCCCCUCGCAGGAGCUUGAUAUCAAAGAAAUCCUGUGCAGCUGUUCCAGAUGAAACAGCAACGUGCUGCUUUGAAAACAUUUAUACUAGGCUACAGCUUGAGUAGAGCUAAAUGAAAUCCUGUUUGUAGCCAGUAAUUUAGAGAUAUUGUCAUGUUUAUCUAUGGGUUUUGAGAAACAAACGUGUGCUUACUUUCUGGACUUUUCUAUAUAGUGUCCUCUUUAUUACAAACAGUUGGGAAAAACCUUAUGAAUUUCUUCUGAUGAGAAAAAUACUUUUUAUAGUGGCCUCGUAUGAGUAAUUGUACUUAGCUGCGAUUAGAGGCUAUCAGAAUGAGAUUUUUAUUAAUGAUUUUUCCAGGGGCUAAGCAUUUAUAUUCACUUAAUUGAUAUUGCCACAUUCAAAUGGCCAUUACCAGGAAGUUACUCAGAGUAAAAUAACAAUGUUAAUACCACCUAAAAAUUAUAGCUCAUCCUGUUAGCAUAGCAUUGUUGCCAUGUAAUUAGGGAUGCAACUGCUGGCUUGAUGAGAAAGAGCAAUUGCAGAAUUAUUAAUGGGUUACAGGCUUCUCUGCAGUGGCGUGGCAGAAGCACAGGAACAGGAUCUGGGAGGGCUCCCAGGGUGAUCUCCCAGUGUGGGGUUGGCACCAGCGCUGGGACUCAAAACCCUCUGAGCAGGGAUCCUCUGGGCAAGUCGUGGCUGCCUUCCUGUGGGGGUAGUCAAGUAAAUAAAUCAUUACACCGGGCCAAAAGGCAACAAACGAGCACAGGAAUGUGUUGUCUGGAAAGCAGCAGAUGCAGUGCCCUGGGCUGCCCCUGCCACCAGGACCUGUGCCUGCCCCUGCCCACCCAGCACCCAGCCUGAAAACCCUGCAGCUCCCGGGCCACGGCUGGCGCAGGUUAUCGACUCCAGCUGCACUUCAGUGCUGCUGCCAGAAAUGCCAUAUUUUUUAUAUCUGUCUCCAAAUCGCUCGGGUUCUUAAGUGUAACCCUUGAUGACCCUCAGGGGAGGUGGGAGUUUUUGCCAGUACAAGCACUUCAUUUGGUGUCACUGUCCUGGAGCAGCAGGACAGGUAUUGCCUGGGGGAGCCUGGCCUCACACAAAUGUGGCUUCUUACGUUUUCAAAACCUAUUGGGAAUUAAUCGCUGUCAUCUGCUGAAGAGGCAUCUUUAAAAUUCAGAAUAAUCCCCUUGUGAUGUUGUGCAUCUGCUGACGGCCAGUCCUGCUGCAGCUGGAUCCUGAAGGGAUGCAGUUGUGCUGCAGGAGCUGCUCUGCCAGCUCUGACUUACCAAAAACGCUCUGGCCCCAGCAUCAGCCGCAAGCACCAUCGGCAUUCCCACUUCGGAAGCCUCUUGAUGGGUCUGGCUGAGAAUCAGAAAGUUUUGUCACCCCAUGGCCAUUGGCAGCCAGGCUCCUGCCAGCUGAUCCAGUGCGUGCCCACCCUGCCAUCCCAUGCCUGCCAGAGCAUCUCAGCUGGAGCUUUAUCUCCUGCACUGGGUUUGAACCUCUUUUCAAUAUUGGGUAUAUCCAGCAAACCUGAACUAUCUGUAUUUUGAGCUAUUUUCUAUUUUGGUGAUGAGUUUCAGUGCUUUCUCUACAUACAGUAUUUUAUAUAACACAGCUAUAAAUAAAAAAAUAUAUAUAUAUUUACAGGGUUGGGCUGCCCAGGGUAGUCCCACUGAUGUGUUGUAGAAAUAUUUCACUAAAUAUUAAAUAUAUUUGAUUAUUUUAUAUGCUAUGAGUUUGGUAUUUUGGUACUUUUUUUUCUUUCUCUGCAUAUUACUGUGCUAAAUGUCAAAUUAAAUCUAAAUAAAGUUACACCAUUAUCGCUGUUUA